AUGGUAAAAAUCGUUUUUAAACCCGAAUUUGGUAAAUGUAGAAAUUUAACAGUCACCAGUAGUCAGCGGACGGAAAUUUCAGCGGCCGUUACGGUAAAAAAUUUCUAUUUUCAGUCAUAUGGCUGACACUGGUUGACGACAUAGAGAUGACGCAUGUUAUUGGAUAAUAUCGAACCUAAAGUGCAUCAGUUUUUAUGUGCUGCAUUUAACACCUUAUUAUGACUUUAUGGUUGUCAAUUUUCAGGCCCGAAACAUUAUAGACAACUGGAGAAUUUUGAUAACAGUAUUUUGGAUAACAGUUGUGCUGAAAUUGGAUCCCGAUCCUGUUAUCCUGUACAGGUCUAAAGCCGAAAUCGGUGUAUGUUUUCAAUAAACCACAUUAUUGUUAUAUUAAAGUAUAGGCAAUUUAACGAUAUUGACCACGGUUGUUUCAGCACGAUUCGAGUAAUCGAAACACAACGGUUGUGUCGACCAUAGAAAAAACUUUGAAAGCUAUCAUAAUGAUAAUUCAAGCAUUCAGAUCUACCGAAAUACUCAACAUUUUUAAUGAUUUAAAAUAUAUCGAAAAACGUCUAAAAAUUACAGGUAAAACGAAUUAUUCUACUAGCUAAAAUUUUGUCCACAUGAUCAGGGGCGGUCAAACAGGAAGCCUCUAUUAAGUUGUUUUUCUUAAAUAUUUAUAAUAAUGUACAAAAUGAUAUUUAAGCAUGCUCUAUGCUCACUCUUUUUUAUGGUUAAAUUAUGUAUACAUUCAAACUGUGAUGUUUGGAAUUUUUAAGUGUUGGGGAAAACGAUAUUUUCGAAUACUUAGAUUUUUUACAACACUUAAGGAGUAUCUUAUGACAACACUAACAUUGAUUUUUCUAAUGAGAAUCCACAUAUUUUAAUGCAAAUUGGCAAUCAAAUGAUUUUUUUGAAAAUGUUUACGUAUUCUAAUCAAAAUUUGAACGAAAAAUUUCUGAGUUUUUCUACUUUAAAUACUAAAGAAUAUUAACUACAUAAUUCAAAACUAAAUUAUCUAUAUAUAUAUAUCUAUCUAUAUAUAUCAAAAUUAUCUAUACACAUGAAACCAUUGGUUUCCAAAUCCCAUGAAAGACUAUUGUCAUUAGAAUUUAAAGCAGAAUAUCUCAGAAACAUUUCGUUAAAAUUAAGAUUUCAAUACGUCGACAUUUUGAAGAAAAAAAUUAUUUAUUAGCAUAAUUUGCAUCCAAACAUGAAUAAGAUUUUAAUUUGAAAACCAAUGUUACCACCUCAGGAUACUCCGUUAAAUUAUACAACAACAUUUAACGUUAGUAAUGAUCUCAGUACGCAAAAUUAUCGUCGGUCACUACACUUAAAUUUUCAAAAAAACAUAUUUUAAAUUUAUGCGUAACUCAAUCAUACAAAAAGGGUGAGCAUUAUUAUUAUUAUUAUUAUUAGGUAUUUAUUGAAUCAUUAUCAAUUGCAAAGUAGGUCGAAAUUAUACAAUAUUCAAUGAAAAAUAAAUUUUAAAAACAAGAAAACAAAAUAGUAGGUACUUCGAUGAUGCUGUCCCAAAAUCAAGCUUGUGGAAGGGAGCAGCGAGUUAUAUAAAAAAAAAAAAACAGUUAUACAAUAUAAAUUAAAUACAAUACUAAGUAUGCUUAAAAAAAUCACUAUGCAUAUUAAAUUAUACCUUGAUAGGUAUAAAAAAAAUUGUAUGUAAAUAAUAAUAGUUCUUAAAAAUCUCCUCCCCUCAUGACAAAAUUAUUUGAUCACCACUGCGCACGAUGAUAGUUACUAUCGUGACAGAUACGAAAUUCGCAAUCAUGUGCAGGUAUAGUUACUGUCAUUAAUUAUUAUUAUGUGAACAGGAAUAUUGUUACAAAUAAACUAUCGUGAAAGCAACUAUAACACACUAUCGCACAUUCAUAAUACCUAGUUAAUAUAGUUACGAUCUCGAGAAAGCGAAAGUAAUACAUAUUAUCACUGUGUAAACAUAACAUGGUUACUUACUAUGGUUACAUCAAACUUGUAUCGCUCUUUCACCGACGUUUUAAUCGAAAUUCACUCUACUAUAAUGUCUUCUACUAUCAUUCUAUUCUACUAUUUAUACUAUACAUAAUCAUAUGGAUGUCGUAAACUCGUGUGACCCACACUUAAUUAAAUAACACGCGUCACUGCACUACAAUUAUUUUCUCAUUCUACUCGUUUUUAUAUGAUACCGCUGUUAUUAUUUUUUUAGUUUCUGAGUGAAGCAAGGGAUCUAUUGGGUUUGACUAUGAGUAUUUUUUAAAAUUUUUAUAAUUUUGUUUGUAAACAACUUUUUUCUUAGAAAUCUUGCGCCAAUUAAAACUUAAAAAGAGACCUUUUUUGUUCCAUUUGGGUUCUAACCAGUGAUUUAAAACCAUCAUUUUUUUAAAUUCUCAUUGAUAUUUGAGAUAAUGAAGAAAAUGUCGUCUCUUCUCUUUUUAACAGUGCCUUCGGCGUUCCCAAAUCUAUUGUCAACCAUCUUUUUUCGAUCAGGACACACUCCCUAUUCCACUUACCUCAACACCACACCUCUUAUGGGUUUAAUAAUCAUCUCCAACGUGCUUUACGUUUGUUCAAUGCUGUUUACUUCGGGCCUUUUUAACAAUUUCACUUAGAUUUAAGUUAACUCGCUGCUGUCACCCCUUCCACUUAGUCUUAGUUAAUUUUAAGAUCAUUUUAUACAAAAUUGACUAGUUUGGCGUUUAACUGUUUAAAAAAUAAAUAAAACCGAUUCUUUAGGUUAAAAGACUAAAAAAUUAAAAUUAAGGUUGUCAUUGACAACUGUUUUAAUUUGUUUUUUGUUAUUAUUAUUUUAACUUUUUAAACAAUCGUUGUUGUCGUGAAAACAUACAUUCUUUAUAAAAAAAAAUGCUAUUGAUAGCAUUGAAAUUGAUAUCAUAUUGAUUAGCAAUGAUUAAUCGUUGUGAUCAGUUUUUAUAUUUUAAAACACAUCAAAUUAUUUUUGUUGGUUUAUUGGUUGUCUUGGUAACAUGAAUGAAAAAAUGUUAAGAUAUUUAAUCAUAUUCCACAUGUUUUUUUUAAAAAAAUUAUAACAGAUAAUAUAAUAUUAUAGUUUAUAUUUUUUAUGUAUAUGGUAAAAUCAUAUAUAUCUCAAUGGUAUUGCGAUAACUGAUAACAACCUUAAUAUUAGAGUAUUAAAUAAUGACACUAUUAAUAUUAAACAAACAUGUAUCAAAAUAACAUCCUAAAUAUCCAAGCCCACCUGGAACCAACUAUCAUCUCUUAAAAUGUUGACGCAGCUGUUUCGGCUUGCUACUGUCCGUGAGCAUUAUCACUUUUUUCUGCGGUUUAAAUAUUAAGUGAAUCGUGAUUUAUGUAACGUGUUUGUCCGCAGCUCUUUUUUUCUCGAUAUAACAUAAUUAGUAAAUAGGUAUAACAGAAUCGAAGUUUUUUUUUAUGAACGAUUAGGUAUUAUAAUAAUAAUAACACAACAGUUAUUGUUACAAGUAUUUCUUAGGAGUGACUAUUUCCUUUGUAGUAAAGGAGAACUUCAAAAUAAACACACAUUAUGAAAGAAUUACGGUUUGUCGUUCGAAAAAAUAUUUGCAUAGAUAUAGCAAAUAGGUCAAACGCGGACUAUGGACAAUUGUAUUUUUUUUCAUCAAUUUCAAGUUAUGAAAAUAUUUAACAAGGUCAACAGGAUAAUAUAAUUGUUACAUAAUACAUGAUAGUCAUAUUAUUCAACCUCUCUCUAUAAAUACAAGGCUUGUACUUGGAUGUAUUGUACUAAUCUAUCACAUGAUAAUUAAUUUUUAAUAUCCGAGUUUGAGAUUAUUUUCUUCAUAAGAACCCGUCAAGAGUAUCCAAAAAUACCGAGGAAAAGAUUUAUAUUUAACAGGCAUAAUGCUGUUUCUUAAUUUCGUGGAAAAUUCGGAGAUAAUUUGACGACUCCAGUUGAGAGGCUUUGGUAAUCGGUGUAGCCAAAUUGAUUAGGGGUUGGAAAUGAAACAAAUUUAAAUCGAAAUCUCUAUAAUAUGUUCCACCUUGCGCACGUGAAAAUCACCGGUUUACGCAAUAUCCUUAAAAACAUUAACAAACCUUAGUUUAGUUUUACCGGGUUCAAGUCACCUCGAGUACCCGCAAGGCUACAAAAAUAAUAAUAUUAUUAAUUUAAAUAGGAAUUCGCGUCAUUUAGGUAUAUUUUAAUUUUCGUUUGCUAUUCCUUCUCUAUGGAUCUUCAGAGUAAUACGACCGUACUCUACGCGAGAACGUUUUGCCUCUACCCGCACGAUCGUACAGUACGUUUUUAAUAACAAUUAUAAAAUCAUCCCCUCUGUAAUAUUAUGUUCAAGUCCGCGGUUUACACCAAUCUUAACUGAUUUUAAUUUUCUUAUCACGAUUUUUAUUCGUCUGUUUUUUCUAACACGCCCGACCGUUAAUAUAAUCAUUAUUUUUCUCGCGUAUUUUUAUUUUUUUAUAAUAAAAAAAAAAAAAAUGAGCUCGCCGAUAUAAACACCACGUCGUCUUUAAAUCCUUCAAAAUUCGAUUUUGGAGGAAAAAUAAAUAAAAAUAGAAUUAUAAACAUUUAAAAUAUUAUAACCACGUUUUAUUUACCAAAUUUUUGAGUCUCGUAAUAAGACCUUAGAUUGGGAGGAUGGAUAAUAUAGAUAAUAUAUUUCAUUCGUUUAAUUAACUCGACUUUCGUUGCAGAUUUUCGGGCGGAUGAAAAAUGUAUAUUUUUAAACCACAGAUCAAAUAGUUCCUAUGUUACCUAAUACCUAUUAUAAUAAUUGACUAUAUUAUAAAAAUAAUCACGUUUGUCCUCAAAUUGACGAGCGAAAAAAACAAAUGUAAUUUACGGGCUAUGACAAAAUUACUAAAUCUCAACGUGAAAUGUUUUAAAAAAUAACGUACCGAACAACAAUAUCACCAUACUAUUUAUUGUAUUUCAACAAUUUUUACGACCUUUUCCUCCCAUUUCCCCCCAAAAAAUAAAACUUCCACGCGAUCUUUACGACUUCUAAAAACAUAACCUUUUCUUUUUUUUUGUGUCCGACCAUCAAUAUUAUUUUUAUUUUUACGUGAUCCGUCGAAAUACAAUAUUUCCGUAAAUGGAAACUAUAAUAAGUGAUGAUCAAAAAUUUGAAUUUAGGAACAAUUAUUAAUAAGUAUUUAACAAGAUAUCCCACAAAAAAACAAAACAAAUUGUGAAUUGUAAGAACUAUACGUUUAUCAGAACCAAAAUACUGGGGUAGAUUACUGGCGAAAGAAAACAAAUUUAGACCAUGGCCCAUGACUUGCUUUACAACUGCUCGAGUGAAGUCGGUGAAUAUGUCCGUACCCGAGAGGUAAAAGAAAACAAAUUUGUAUGACAUUUUAUUUGAGGGUAUAUGAUGUUUUAUUCUUAUCUUAUAAGAAUAAAACUAUUAUAUUAUACGAUUUUUUUUCUUUUAGCAAAUAGAACACCUAUUUAAUAGUGGGUUUACUCGAGUAAGGGCAUCAGAAUUUUAACGUUUACACAAAUGUGUUAUGUAUAUAUUUAUUAACCACACAUAAAGAGUAAAAAUUUGAUAGGUAUGCUAUAAAUAUAAUAAAAAUUAAAUGUAUUUUAAAUACUGUGCUAUAGUAUUAAAAAUUAAAAUAAAUACUAUCCAAGAGGCAAUACGCUUCGUAUAUUAAUAAAGCUUCGUUGGAAUGAUUGUAUUAGGCAGGAUUUUUAAGUACCUUAGGAGCUCUAAACAAGAUAAUGUGGAUGUAAGUUGGUAGUUAUGAACAGAGAUGUCUGGAAAAGGCUUUGUUAUAAAAAAAAAACAUAAACAUUAAUACCAAAAACUACUGUCAGAAAAAUGACAAGAGCCAAGCAUUAUAUUAAAGUCACUGUUACCAACCGUUCGCUAUACUUAUACAAUUUCACAUUUUCAUUUCACCUCAUCAUCGAAAUAGGUCAUAUAAAAACCCCGAUUUGUUUUGUUUUUUCGUGUUUAACCAAAACAAAUGUAGGAAAGUCGUCAGUCGUUCAUGUGGCGACCUGUGUGAUCAUCUUGGCGUCUGUUUUCGAAUUGCUAUGUGACUACCCGUUGUCAUCCGGGCUGUCUAAAAACCAUUGGACGUAUUUAGAGGUGAUGACACAUACAUGUGUAAAAUAAACAAAGUAAUACAUAUUUGUAAAUACUUAACCGUUUCAGGGAGUUUCGAGAAUGUGUUUGCUCACCAUUGACUUGCAAUUUUGUUCUCUUUGCGUUCGUAUCGCCAACGUUUACGAACGUCUGCACGCGGAUAUCCGAUCAUCCGGAAUAGGUGAGUUUUUAGAUUCUGAGCGAAACGAAGAAUAUUUAUUGGUGUAAUUAUGAUUCUUUUUAAAUGUAUUUUGUAUCUGUAAACAACUUUUACCGAACAUUUUGCUCUGAUCAAAAACUUUAUGGAUAUUUUUGAUCAAUAUAUAGUUAAUAUAUUGAGACGGUAUAUUUAAAAUUGUCCUCGUAAUUUUCCAAAUGAAUGUGAAAAAAAAAAAUUAAUUGAAUAAUUUAUACUAAUUUCUGGGUUGCAACAAGAAAAAAUACGACAAAUUAUGCUAUGCUUAGAAUCGUUUUUUGUUAGCAAUAGUUUCUAUCGUUUGUAUAGAUAUAAAUUAAACUACUUUAUAUGUGAAACUUUCCCCCCAAAAAUAGUGGCACACCCAUUAGCAUUUUAGCCUUUUUUUCGUUUUUAAGUGCGUAGGUAAGUGCGAUGCGCGACUAUUGCCUACAGGAGAAAAAAAAUUCGAAUACGCGUAAUACAAUUCGCUGUGUACUUGACGUAAUAAUAAAACAGACUCACCCGCGAAAAUGAAUUACGAGAGAAUAUUUUAUUUUCAUUCUCAAAUACGACAUAUUUUUUUUAAUUAAAAUGCGUUUUUUAUUUUUGGCUAAUCGUGAACAGACAACGCAAGCAUAUUACAGGUCGGGAUCGUAUUAAAUUGAUGAAAAACGUUUAUAAAUAUACGAUAGAACGAUAAUUGAGUUCCCGAAAACACGUUUUUUUCUUCAUAUUACCGUUCUAUAUACGGUUUUCAUUCGUCGAAUAUUUUUAUUUUUUUUUUUUAGUUAAUCGAAACCUUAUUAUUGAAAACAAAAAAUGGAUAUUGCAAUGUAACUUUUUUUUAAAUACAUUUUAUAAUAUACAUUGUUCUUUGUUGAUUAAAUAAAUUCUAUAAUUUAAAAUUCAACGUUCAAACUCGCAAAACCUUUUUUCCCUUUUUUUUUUUUUUAUUUUUGGCUCCUGGAGAUAUGAAUACAUAUAAAGAGAUAAAAUAAUAUUUAAAAACUGUGGAUUCCGAAAAACAUUGCCAGCGAUCAGUGGCAUGUAGCCAGGAAUAAAUAUAUAUGGCUGAAAAAUAGAUUUUUUCCUAAUUAACAAAUAUAUGUUUUUUUUUAAUCAUUUUAUGCAUUAAUAAUAAUAUUAUUACUAUCUACCUUACAGUCGUCGUCCAGACAUUGUUAGGGGUCUCGAUCGGAAAUUUUUUCCAAAGUUAAGAAUUCAAAUACAGUGAGCACCACUUAUGAAUCAUUAUAACAUAAUAAACCAUAUGAGCGAAGUGGGGUCAGAAAAUAUUUUUUGUUAAUUUCAUUUUACAUGGUUUACUUUUACAUAUUGCAUAAAAGAUUAAUUUAAUAAUUUAGUUUUACAUAAUACAUAAUUUAAGCAUAUUAUUUAUUAAGCAAUUUAUUAUUUUUUUAAAUGAAGGUGUGGUGUUUAAACUCGAAUAACAUCUGAUUAUACUAUGAUUACAACAAUAAAAGUACGAACAUGUGGCAUGCAAUAACUGGGCCAGUUAAUAAGGAGUGUAUUUAUACCUAAAACUACAAUCACGAUAAUUGCAAUAAACGUGAAGAGCAAUAAGUUAUGAAUUGAACCUACUACAACAAAAUAACUUCAAAAUUAAUUUAUUUAAACAUGUUCUAACAUUUUUUUUUCGAAAUUUGAGUCUUAUAAACGACUCUUUUUAAAAAGUAUUUGGAUACAUCCAUACCAUUCUAAAUGAUUUUGAAUCUGAACCAUGAGUAUAUCCAUGAACCUUAUAAGCGCCGUUCACUGUAUAACCAAAACUCAAUGAGUUACAUUAACUUAGAAUCCUAUGACUUACUAGUUGUGAUUUUUCGAUUUUUUUUUUUUCCUUUAAUUCUAAUGGUUCUCCUGUGUUUUAUCUAUAUUUGUCAUGAUGUUUCAUUGACUAGGGUAAGACUAACACUAGGAUAUCUUAUUAGAAUACUAAAUUUCUAUGAAACAGUAUCAAAUUUGGACCAACAGGUGAUAGUUUUUAGGUUUUCAUUUAGGUUAAAUAUUUUUGUUUUUUCUUCCAUAUUUUAGAGUUUUUCUAUUCGGAAGAUGAUAAAAUUAUAAAAUCUCUUGGUUAUUUUGCAUGUACGUCCUCCGAGGAAAAAUCAAAAAAACCUAAGAAAAAUUGAUCACUUUUCAUCUAAUUUAUAUCGCAAAAAACCACGCUCGGUUGGUAGAAAUAAAUUACACGGCCAAAACACGUUUUUAUAAUAAUAUACGUUUCUAUCAACUGAACAUAAUAUAUUUCUUCGAAUCGAAAAGAAAAAAAUUGCGUAUUUGCCACACGGUUUUCGUUUCCGUUAUACACAAUUUAAAUAAAUCGUUUCGACUGUUUCACAAACGUUUACUUAAAUUAUGCCAUUUUCGGGACGGUUGCUGUUCACGCCGUGUCGUCGAUCUUCUCAAUAGCUUUACAUAAUAUACGUUUCAAUUUAUUUAUUUUUUGUGUACGAUAAGACGACGGAACAUUUUCAGAAUAUUUUACAAGAAGGAUGAUUUUAUUAUACCGUGAUAUUUAUGUAUCGAAUUGAAAAUAUUAUCUUUCGAACACAUAGGUAACACUAUAUUAUUAUUAUGCUAUGAUUGCUACACGGAAGAAAAACUAAACAUAUUUUUUUCAAUAUUUAAUCCAAUUUGUUUAUAUAUAUAUACAAAUUGGAUAUAUAAAAAAAAACAUCCUCAGAUUAAAAGUAAAUCAAUAUUAUAAUAUUAUGCGAUUUAAAUUUCUUUUUAAUCUUUUUCUCUUGUCGCUUCGACCGUAAUAAGCGUUCAAAAAUACAUAUUUUGCAUUAUUCAUAAACGCGAUUUGAAUAGUUAUAUCGUUUUAACUAGAUGAUAUUAUUAUACUAUUUGAUCGCCCAAAACGAGGAUGGUAAAUAAAGGAUUAAAUUAAAAGAAAUUGCACCGAUAAAAAAGUAAAAAAAAAAUGUAAUUUCAUAAAAUCGACUUUCCUAGAAGAAUAUUGAAAUAUUGAUGAAUUAGAUUGAGAUCGGGGCACUUUUCUCAAAACCAUAGGUAAAAGGAAAAAAAAUUAACCCAUGUCGAUAUAAACACGAAAACCUUAAAAUUACAAGUCAACCCAAACCUGAUACUGCUCUAAGGAAAUUAGAAUUCUUCUAAGUGUAAAUCUAAAACCUAGUAGACGAAAAAAUCGGGAGAGCAAAAUUAAAGGCAGAAAAAUCAAAUGGCGCCCUUGAAUAAUAUUCAUAAAAUGUAUCAUUUUUGAUGUUGAACUAGAAAGUUAUACCGUAGAUCUAAAUAAUAGAUGACAACCGAAAAAGAAGAACUAUUUUCCAAUCGUUUUUAUUGUAGGAAACGGUAAAAUCCAAAAUGGUGAAAAAAUGUAUAUAGACUUAUACAAUUUUAAGUGUAUUAUCGCGUUACGAUCAUUACAUUAGAUUAAACAUCACGACUUUAAUAAAAUUACACAUUUUUCGGUUUCUUUCACGUCACCAUAUUGAAUCUUGACAUUUUUUUGUCAUUUUUAUUUUCAACCGCUGCGUCAGUGAUAAAAAAAAAAGAAUCGAGUGAAUAUAUUACAGUCGAAAACACAGUAAAACGAAAAUUACGAAAAAAAAAAAAUUAAAAUACAUAAAAUAAUUAUUUUUUACUCACUUUUACUCUGUGUACACCGAGUUUUAUGUACCAUACUCUCGUAUUUUUCAAUUUAACGUUUUCACACUCAAGAUAACGGUGUGUGCAGUAACCUUUAAAUAGAAUACUUGUAAGUGUCAACAGUUUUAAACUCAUUUCACCUUGAGAGUCGUUGGUCUUUUGACACAUCGAUUAUCUCCACAGUGUAAUGGCGUCUUUUUUUUUUUUAGAUGAAAGGGAGGGGUUGCAACUCAGACAUUUUAGUUGGCCUUUGACUUUUGUGUCUGGUAAAUAUUGUCAAAAUAUCCACAAUUUUUCCUUUCCUUUUUCUGUUCGCAUGCCCCCCAGAUUGUGAAAAUAAGCAGUCCAUGGUCUAAUUUUCCAACCGGUUUUCACGACCUUUUAUCUUUUAAAAUUACAUGUAAAAUUUAAAAACUACAAAAAUAUGUGAGCAUAUCUACAUCUUUGUCAAUACGAAAAAUUGGAAUAUCUUUGAUUAUAAAUACAAAUAAUAAGUAAUAUUCUUGCGGAGCACAAAUUUAAUUUAGUGGUAAUGCAUUUCUUUACUGAUCGGAAAAUUUAGUAAGUUUGCGCCAGUUUACCAAAUAUUUAAAUAAUGCCACUGUAACAAAUUUGGAUUGCUGUACCUCUUUAAACAGAUGUUAAUUUUUGAAAUAUGGGCAAAUAUAUUGUUUAAAAGUAAAUAAUUACUUUAAAAAAUAUAACUUACACCUAAGUAGGUACCUAUUUGAUUUCUAACCGAAUUUUCGACCGUUCGCUAUACUUUUUGAUUUUGAAAUCAUUUUGGAAAUCAAAGGUUGCUAUAGACUUUGGCGGGUUUGUAAGUUGAGCAAUCGAUAAAAAAUAACAGAAAUUUCACUUGAUCGAAUGGUUAUUUAUCGAAAAGUACAAUAUAUGGUCGCCUUUAUAGUAUACGAGUAUACUUAACUCGGACUUUCGACGAUACUAUAUAUUUUUUAGACGAAAAAGCCGUCUGUUUUAAUCGUUUUUUUCCUGUUAUCGAUGCCCAUCAACCGGUUCACGUUACAGGUGUCCGGCCGCCGGGGGGCCCACGACACAGGGUUGCUGGCCUGUCGGCCGUCGCAUCCGAGUUCGGGGCCCUUAGCGGAGUGGCCGUCCGCGCUAACGAUGCGUACGCCGGACAACUGUCGCUGAUCGUCGGACUGCGAUUUUCCGGCACGUUGGUGGACGUAUACCUGUGCUGCUUCCACGCCCUGUCGCUGGCCGCACCCUGGACCACCGACAUAAUCGGCGGCGUACGAGCGUUCAACAAUCUGUUGCGGUUGUCGGCCGUUUCUGGUGCCGCGCACUACGCAUUCAAACAGGUGUGUGUGUGUGUGUGUGUGUGUGUUUUUCCGAGCGUACCGUCGACUUACAACUCCGACUAG